GGUAAUCAAGGUGCUCGAGGCAAAUCUGGCGAUGCGGGUGAACAAGGGCCGAAAGGAGAAAAAGGUAAAAUUGGCGAACCUGGUGAAGCAGGCCCGGUCGGACCAAAGGGAGACGUCGGUGAACCGGGAGAACCGGGAGAACCACCUGUACUGACUCCAGGUGCGAAGGGAAAACCGGGACAUCCGGGAUUGAAGGGAUUUGUCGGAGAACCGGGUGAAGUAGGCGAGCCGGGAGAAGUGGGUGCCGUGGGAGAACCAGGAGAAGAGGGCGAAAUCGGUCCACUGGGUCCAGAAGGUGAUGCUGGUCCAGAAGGCCUAGAGGGUGAUCAAGGUCCAGUAGGUACCGAAGGUGCGUUUCUGUGUGCUCGCUGA